AUGGUGAGGGGUUACAGAGUGGUUCUGAAGGUCAAUGGGAGCUGCUGGUGCUGCCUGGAGCAGCUCUGGACCUGCAGUGACAGUUCCCUGCACCCUCUCUGUGGCAGUGAUGGUGGCAGUGGUGCCAUCAGUCCACCACACUGGGCAUGCUCAUGCGGCUGCUCUUGUGAUGUCAGCAGCCACGUCCCAGCGUUGUCAAGUUGCUGUGCCGAGGCGCGGAAGGCCUCAGUGUGCAGAGCGGCUCUUUGGCGUGCUCGCUGCAGGCGGGACCUGCUGGACGACGAGGUCUCUGCCAGCGGGCUGCACCCGGACAGGACUCUGAGUCACAUUGCCCGGGCCUGGAGACAAUCUGGUCCAUGGGUGAGUGGGAAAGCAGCCUUUGGCAUUGGUCGCGUUAAUGGUUGUGGAAGCCCAAAACCAACCUCGGAGCCUCCAGUGGCUGUGUGUAUUCCUGAAGAAGAGGCCAAAGGGAGGGAAGAUGCCCUCCAAGCUGUAUCUGCUGCCACUGCAGGGCCUGAGCAUCCAGCAUCAAGUGCAAGGGCAGCGUCAGCACCUGCUCUGGCUGCCUCUGUACCUGAGGAAGAGGCUGAAGAGGAGGAAGGUGCCAAUGAACCUGUCCCUGCUGUCAGCCCACGGCCUGAGCAGGCAACAUCAAGCUCCACGUCCUCUGUCGCUGCACCUGCACAAAGUUCAGCUGCAGGCUCUGAAGAAGCCUCCAGGCCUGAAGCUGGAAACUUCAGCACGAGCAGCUCGUGCACCUGGAGCACGAGUAGUUCCUCUGGCAGCACAGAUGGUCUGCGUGAGAGGAAAAAGGAUGAAUGCCUGGCCAUGCUGAGGAUGCUGGUGAGCGAGGGAGAUCCAGAGGCUAAAUACACAGAACUGGAAACUAUUGGCAAAGGGGGUUUUGGCACUGUGUGCACGGCAGUGGAGACUGCCACGGGAGAAGAGGUGGCCAUAAAGAAAAUUAGUCUGCUGGAAGACAGCAGCAGUGAACUGUGUGUGAAUGAAAUCCAGGUCAUGCGUGACAACAGGAACUCCAACAUUGUGAACUACAUAGACAGCUACCUGGUUGACGAGGACCUCUGGCUCGUGAUGGAAUACAUGGACGGAGGUUCUUUGCACAAUGUCAUUAGAGAGACUCGUAUGGCAGAAGGAGAGAUAGCAACUGUCUCUCGGGAGUGCCUGCAAGGCCUGGAUUUCCUUCACUGCAAGCAAGUGAUCCACCGAGACAUCAAAAGCCACAACAUUCUCCUGGGCUUGGACGGAUCUGUCAAGCUGGCUGAUUUUGGCCUCGCUGCUCAGCUCACUGCUGAGCAGAACAAACGGAGAUCAGCUGUUGGGACUACUUACUGGAUGGCACCAGAAACUUUCCUCAGGAAGCCCUAUGGCCCCAAAGUGGACAUCUGGUCCCUUGGCAUCGUGGGGAUUGAGAUGGUGGAAGGAGCGCCUCCUUACCUGAUGAAAACCUCCCGCACGGUUCAACAGCUGAUAAGCUCCGGGGGCUCCCCAAAGCUGCAGAACCCCAGGCAGCAGUCGCCUUGGUUGCGAGACUUUCUGCACUGCUGCCUGGAGACAGACGAGGACAGGCGCUGGUCUGCCCAGGAGCUUCUGCAGCAUCCGUUUGUAACCUCAGCCAAGCCACCCUCCAGCCUGACGCCUCUGAUCAUGGCAGCGCAGCAAGCUCUGAGG